AUGAUUGCACCAAAAUUCAUCGUUGCUUUUGUUCUUGUAAUCUUCAUGACUCAUGUCUGCAAUGCAGACACCGAACGGGAAAUCGAAGUUGCCGACUCUUCCUUGAAUCUGGAUAUAGACGAGGAGAAGAUUUACUCCACUACCUACGACGAAAAUGAUUUCAAAGUUCUGAAACAUAUCUGCACCCUCUUUAUUGUGAUUCUCCUUGUGGCCAUUGUAUUUUCGGUGGUCAUUAGUCGUUCAGAACAUCGCGUGACUGCUGUGAGGCUUCUACUCCACACUCUUCGUUUUAAGCAGGUGCUUGUACCUACGGAGUUACUUGACCAGUUUUGGAGCCGAGGUUACUGGAAACAAACUCACUCCCUUCUUCAACAUCAGAUGCCUUCACAUAUGGUGUCUCGUUGUGUUAAAAAUAUCUACGGAAACAUCCACCGACGAACUCCAUCAGCCACCGGAAACAACUAUCGGAUCGUUUUCCCCCAACUUCUGGCCAUCUCAGUGGAAGUUGCUGAGUCUGAGCAACAGGUGUUGUACUGGCAGAAAGAGCCGGAUUGGCAGCAGAAGCAGAUGAGGUAG